GGGGGGGGGGGGGGGGGGGGGGGGGGGGGUGGAAAUUCAGUUAAGCCCUACCCUCGAACACACCCUUACAUACGCGAUAACAUUCGCAAUAGGAAUGAACAUCAUCUAAAAAACAAAAUUGAAGGUUCGCGGUACCGACCAGACCACACAUAUAAAUGUUACAAGUGUGGAAAAUCGGGACAUUUAAUAAGAGAUUGUCCUGAAUGGGGAAACAGAUCCUCAUGCUACAAUUGCGGGAAAGUAGGCCAUUUUCGACGGGAUUGUUGGUAUAGUUUAAAUCAGGGAAACGCAUACGGUCGCUAUUGA